AUGACGGGCCCCCCCGGCAAGGAUGGGAUCUGCUGGCGGGUACGGCAGCUCUACAGAGACACAGGAGUCGCGGGGCAUUUCCUGCUCCAAGCCCGAGGUGCCCGUGGGCCGGUAGACGUGGUCGUCGGGGAGACAGACUACCGAGGCUUCGCCAUCCUGUACCUGGAGCGGGCGCGGCAGCUGUCGGUGAAGCUGUACGCCCGCUCACUCCCCCCGAGUGACGCGGCCCUGAGUGCAUUCGAGCAACGGAUCCAGAGGGUCAACCUGACCGAGGACCAGAUCUUGUUCUUCCCCAAGUAUGGUUUCUGCGAGGCCGCAGACCAGUUCCACGUCCUGGAUGAAGUGAGGAGGUGAGUCCAGGGGGCAGCCCUGAACUCGGAAGGAGUGAAGACCCUGAAGGUGAUGGCCCCCGCUGCCCCGUUC